CCACUCAACGACCACUACACUAUAAAUCCAGAACUCAACUUGCACAAAGCACGCAUCUAAGUAUGGACAUAUGAUCCCGCAUGUUUCACUUUUGUCGUCGCAGUCAAUCCACUCGGAGAUCCGAAUUUUUUUUGUCAAUGUGCACCGUACCUCAUCUGGUCAUGGAUUGCCAUUUUCCAAUACUCUUCAUAAACUCUAGAGGUUCUCACCGGCGGGUUGGUUUGACCUGGGGGUCCAUUCACCUCUAUUCCACUUAUUCCUGUCCCACAUUUUCCGCUAAUGUUCCGCUGGAUAUCGGAGCCAUGCAAUGCAACUUCUUCCUUGCCCGUAAUCUUUGGCUGGUUUGUAUUUGUUUGCUGGAAUACGUGUCGCUUGCUAGCAUAGUUACUGAAUACAAAUGGAAGGACCCUCUACAAGCCGAUCUAUAAACGAUUAGAGUUUUUCAUUACGGAACAUAAAGCAUGGAGAGAAUUCGUACGAGGGGGAGA